CUCACUUAUAUUUUUUGACCGAGUAACAUAUAUACAUAUACUGAAGCAAAUAAGAAAACAAGUCAUAAAACACAAUGAGCGAUGAACAGUUUCCGCAUUUUCAGCACAGGGUGUCCGAGGAAAACGAUGAAAUCUCUAGUGAUAUGACUUUAGAUCGACCAAUGUCACCACCACCAGAAGAAAUUGUGGAGGCUAUGGAAAUAAGUGAAGAUCCGCCUUCAUUAGCCGAAUCAGAAGCUCCGAUUUCCGCGACUCGCAGGAGUGCAAGUAGUGAUAGAAUUCGUAAGGAGCUUCAAGACCAAUCAAGCGAGCCGAACACAAAUUCGAGAAAACCCAAUAGAGGAAAGGUGCAGAAACAGAGAAGGGCUCUAUCGGGUAAACAUGUGAUCACCUGUCGCAAUUGCGAAAAUCCUCUGAUCUGUUUCCCGGAUCGCACCAAGUACUUUACUUGCGCCGAGGUCGAUGGCCAACUUUUUAAAAUCAAACCGAUUAGUGCCAAAGUGGCACUGAAUGAUAUCCUACCCACGAAACGGGCGCCCUCAAAAAAGAAUAGUUCCCGAAAAGAUUAACCUUUAUAAAUGUUACAAGAACAAAAUUUACCUAAGGUCGACCUUCGCCAAAAAAAAAUUUAAUGUUAAAAUAAUUUUGAGAGGUAUACACAUAAACAGUUAAAAUAUUUUAAAAUAAAUUGCAUAGAU